CUUCAUUUAUGAAAUUAUGAUCAAUUCUAAGUUCUCUUAAGCUUCCCUGCUCAUUAUAUCAUUCUUCAUCAAUGAUCCCAGUCACCCAAUCAUGCUCUCCCAUGCCAAGCUGAUUGUAUUAUAUACGUCGUCCCAACCCACCCAAUUCUUCAGAUAUCGCUCGACAAAACAACCACGUACCGCCCCGAAUUCUUUCAUACACUCAACUCGAACGACGGCUCCCAGGCGUAAACCAAGUUGGAGGUCCCUUUCCAUUGACGUUUAGGCCAGUUCCUCAAGUCCAAUCCGCUCGUCUCAAGUUACUCACGUAACAUUGGCACCAUUGCCAGAGACCUGAGAGAUCACCCUAUAAUGGCGGACGACCAGAACGAGGACGAACGCACUACAUCAGAAUCUGAGCAAGAACAGCAAGAUGCAGUCAACAAUGACAGAGCUAUAAUAUCUCUGCAAGGAGCAGAUGGUCAGCAUCGAGAAGAUCCCUUAGGUGUGAAAGAUCCAAGGGGAAUCUCCUCAGAGGUACACGAACUGGGAAAAGAGGGACAACAUCAUGCUGCCGAUCUCAUGGAAUUGCUGCACGGCCACCAAGGACGGCUGGAGCAGUUGGAGCAAGAACUAGAGCGACAAUGAGAAGUAGAGAGAAACCUAAGGAGAGAGGUCGAGCGGCGAAAGGAGCUUGAAGAAAAGCUCUUAAGAUUGGAAUCCAAUCUCCGAGGAAGGGGCUCUCGCACUGACCGAGAAGAUACCCCAUUUGGGGGAGAAGAUCUGUUUAGUGAAGAUAUCAUGAGGGUAAAAGUUUCAAGGAACUUCAAAAGUCCUGACAUGGAUCUAUACGACGGGACCACUGACCCAAAGCAUCACCUGAGCAACUUCAAAAGUUGGAUGUACUUAGCCGACGCCUCUGAUGCUACCCACUGUAAAGCCUUUCCAACGACUUUGACAAAGGCGGCAAUGAAGUGGUUUGAUAGCCUCCCCCCAAGGUCGGUCACCAGUUUCGAUGACCUCUUGCGUAAGUUUCUUAUGCAAUUUUCAAUUCAAAAGGACAAAGUCAAGCACGCGCCGAGUCUCCUGGGAGUAAAACAGGAGAUCGGAGAACCCCUGAAAGACUACAUGGAAAGGUUCAACAAGGCGUGCCUAGAAAUUCAAGAUCUGCCUACAAAAGCAGUGAUUAUGGGUCUAGUAAAUGGACUUCGAGAAGGCCCGUUCUCCCAGUCCAUGUACAAAAGACAUCCGAUUUCUUUAAGUGAUGUAUAAGAAAGCUGAAAAGUACAUCAGCAUGGAGGAAAACGCUAGGUUAUGAGAAUCAAGCUGGCGACCUGGGCACUCUCACCCAUCAAAAGAGAAGGAGAGGGAGCCCAAGAAAAAAGAAGAAGUCAGGUCUGAGAGGCCCAUGAGAUAUCACUCUUAUACGCCUCUGCGAGUUUUCCUGGUCAAUAUCUACAGGAAAAUUUAUCAUGCUGAAAAGCUAUCUCCCCCUCGGCCCAUCAAGAAUAAGAAAGGGGGAAGUCAUAGCAAAUACUGUGAAUACCACAAACUGUAUGGAUACUCGACAAAUGAUUGUUAUGACUUAAAAAAGUGAUAGAAAAGCUGGCUCAAGAAGGCCGGCUUGAUAGAUAUCUCAUGGAAAGGUCGGACACUUAUGGGAAAAGGAAGCGAGAUGAAGAAGAUCGGAGAGAUCCACCACGGAUCCUGGAGCAACAUAUACAUAUGAUCUUGGAAGGGUUUGUUGGAGGAGGUCUCACAAAGUCAUCUCGUAAGAGACAUCUGAAAGAAGUCUACCAGGUCGGGGGCGAACUGCCUGACCUCCCAAUCAUCUCUUUCACUAAAGAAGAUGAGAAGGGUAUUGUUCCCGGACAUGACGAUUCGGUGGUAAUUACCAUGAUUCUCGCCAAUGUCCAUCUACACAGAACCCUGGUGGAUUAGGGGAGCUCGGCAGACAUCCUGUUCAAACCAGCAUUUGACAAGUUGGGGUUCGAUGAAAAGGGGUUAAGGGCAUACCCUAAUACCCUUUAUGGAUUGGGGGACACACCGAUAAAACCACUGGGAUUCAUACCCCUACAUACAACUUUUGGAAAGGGGAUGAAAUCCAAAACUCUAAGCAUCGACUUCAUAGUCAUUGAUAUGGGCUCGGCCUACAAUGCCUUAAUAGGUAGAACGAUCCUAAAUCAACUUGGAGCAGUGGUAUCCACCUCUACCUUUGCAUGAAAUUUCCAACACUGGAGGAAAUAGCAACCAUCAUGGGAGAUCAGAAGCUGGCGAGAAAAUGCUACAAUGUAGGCCUAAACUUAAGAGGUAAAGGCAAGGAGGUUAAUACCAUUGAACUCGGAGGAAUCUGAGCUAAAGAAAAAUUAUGACCACAACCCGGAGGGAAGGCUGAACAAGUGCAAAUCGGGUAAGAGAAUGGAAAAAAUACAAACAUAAGAGCCAAUUUGAAAGAAGACUUGAAGCAGAAACUGAUAAGGCUCCUACAAGAGAAUUCCAACCUCUUUGCCUAGAAAGCCUCCGACAUGUCCAGAAUAGAUCUCGGGCUCAUGGAACACAAUCUAUCAGUAUACCCAGGAUCCUGACAUGUACAACAGAGAAGACGGAAGCUCAGUCCUGAACAAGCUCAAGUGGUCGAAAAACAAAUACAAGCCCUCCUAGAAGCCGGCUUCAUCAGAGAGGUUAAAUAUCCGGCUUGGCUGGCAAAUGUGGUGCUAGUCAAGAAACAGAAUGGCAAAUAGAGGAUGUGCAUUGAUUAUACCGUCUUGAAUAAAGCGUGUCCAAAAGAUCCAUAUCCUCUUUCAAAUAUUGAUACCCUAGUAGAUUCCAACUCGGGAUAACAAUACUUGUCAUUCAUGGAUGCGUACUCGGGAUAUAAUCAAAUCCCGAUGUACAAAUCGGAUAAAGAAAAAACAUCUUUCAUCAUGCCUAGGACAAAUUAUUGCUAUGUGGUCAUGCCCUUUGGGUUAAAGAAUGCAAAAGCCACAUACCAAAAGCUGAUGAACAAGGUGCUUGCACCUCACCAUGGGAAUUUAAUGGAGGUUUACAUAGAUGACGUUAAUAAAAACCAUGGAUGAGGCCGACCUCUUGACCGACCUUUUGCAAGUUUUCAAUACCAUAGGGGCGCAUGAGAUGAGAUUAAAUCUAGCAAAGUGCACCCUUGCAGUGGAGGUUGGAAAAUUUUUAGGAUUUAUGCUAACACAAAGGGGAAUUGAAGCUAACCUCGACAAGUGUAGAGCAGUCCUGGAAAUGAAAAGUCUGACCUGCUUAAGGGAGGUCCAGCAGCUGAACGACUGACUUGCAGCUCUCUCCAGGCUUCUGGCAGGAUCAGCACUGAGAUUCUUACCACUUUUCUCUCUAUUAAGAAAAGGAUGCGAAUUCAAAUGGACUCCCGAGUGCGAAGAAGCCUUUCAGAAGUUCAAAAGUUUUUUAAGCUAACCUCCCAUUCUGACCCGGCAUAAAGUUAGGGAAGAACUCGUCUUGUAUUUAUCCGUAGCCGAAAAGGCUGUGGCAUCAGCACUAAUACGGGAAGACGAGGUCGGACAACAACUUGUAUACUUCACCAGCAAAGUUCUACAAGGCCCCAAGUUAAGGUACCAAAAACUCGAGAAGUUUGCGUAUGCCUUAAUAGCGGUGUCUCGAAGGCUACGACCUUAUUUUCAAGCUCGUACAAUAAAAGUUCGAACGAACCAGCCCAUGUAGCAAAUUCUUCAAAAAACAGACAUUGCGGGCAGAAUGGUUCAAUGGGCUAUAGAACUAUCUAAGUUUGACUUAAGGUAUGAAACUCGGACGGCGAUUAAAGCCCAAUGCCUGACCGAUUUUGUGGUAGAAUAUGCAAAGGAUCAAGAAGAGGCCUCCACAAUUUGGGAAUUGUAUGUGGAUGGUUCUUCCAACAAAAUCGGAAGCGGUGCAGGCAUAAUACUUGUCAACCAAGAGGGAACUCAAAUAGAAGUCUCCCUGAAAUUUGAGUUCUCGGCCUACAAUAAUCAGGCGGAAUAUGAAGCCUUGAUUGCUGGGUUGAAGCUAGCAGAAGAGGUCGGUGCAACCAAAGUAGUGGUCUUCAGUGACUCUCAAGUGGUGACUUCUCAAAUCAAUGAAAAAUAUCAGGCUAAAAAUCCCAACAUGAAAAUAUACUUAGACAAAAUUUUGGAGUAUCUUAGGCAAUUUUCGGAGACUGAGGUGAGACAUAUAACUCAGGAUCUCAACAGCAGAGCAGACGUCCUCUCCAAGUUAGCAAGUACCAAGCCAGGGGGAAUAAUAGAAGCCUGAUCCAGAAAUUAUCCAAGAACCUUUUGUCACGAAGACAGAGGUCAAAUAAAAUGUCAUAGAGGUUUUCGGUAGGGCCAUCAAAAUGGGCUAAACCCAUUGGGCCAGUCCGUUUACCGAUUUAAAUGGGAAGACUUUGCCUCUAAAAUUAAGCCCGUUUAAGUUUCGGGUUAAAGGGGCUAGCCCGCGGGCUAAACGGGUGGCCCGUUUAUUUUUUUUACAUUUUUUCAAAAAAAGCAGUACUUUUAGCUGAUAUUUCUCCCGAUCCAACCCGAAACCCCGACCCAUCAACUUAAAAAAUAUUAUUUUUAAUAGUUUUUGACCUAAAAAUGAUAUUUUUUGUCAAAAUAUUUUUAAAAAAUUAAAUUAAAUGAUAAACAGGCUGGCCCGUUUAACCCAUCGGGCUGACCAUAAACGGUCCGAGCUAGAAAAUUCUGGCCCGCGAAUAAAGUGGACUUAAACAGGCUAGCCCAUUUAACCCAUGGACUUAACGGGCUGGGCCUAAAUGGGCCGGGCUAGCCCAUUUGACUGCCCUAGUUUCCGCCUUGGAUCUCGGGUGGAUGAACCCACUAAUCGAAUACAUAAAAUUCGACAUCCUGGCCGAGGAGGAAAAAGAGGCCAAGAAAAUCCGGAGGGAGGCACAAAACUAUACCCUGGUGAAAAAUAUCCUCUAUAAAAGAGGAAUAUCCACACCAUUGUUGAAAUGCGUCCCGACCUCAAAGACAACAGAUGUUUUAGAGGAGGUCCACAAUGGUAUCUGCGGGAAGUAUCUUGGAGCAAGGUCAUUGGCCAGGAAAGUCGUCCGAGCCAGGUUCUAUUGGCCGACCUUGCAGAAGGAUGCCACUGAGUUCGUAAAGAAGUGUCAACCAUGCCAAAUGCAUUCUAAAUUCCAUGUCGCUCACCCUGAGUAACUCAUCAGCAUAACUUCUCCAUGGUCUUUUGCAAAAUAGGGAUUAGAUCUACUCGGAACUUUUUCCCAAGCGUCUGGACAAGUAAAGUACCUUAUAAUGGGAGUAGACUACUUCAUGAAGUGGAUCAAAACAGAACCAUUGGCCACCAUCACGGCUCAGAGAAGUCGGAAGUUUCUCUACAAGAAUAUCAUUACCAGGUAUGGAAUUUCCCAUUCUAUCACCACGGAUAAUGGUACCCAGUUCAUCGACUCUAUAUUCAGAAACUUGGUAGCCAGUAAAUGGGGAACACCCAGUUCACCUCAGUUGAACACCCACAAGCAAAUGGGGAAGCUGAGGCAGCCAACAAAGUCAUACUGGCUAGAUUAAAGAAAAGAUUACAAGAUGUAAAGGGGGCUUGGGCUGAAGAACUCCCUCAAGUAUUAUGAGCAUAUCAGACUAUACCUCAGUCUGCCACAGGAGAAACACCCUUUCGACUUGCUUAUGGAAUAGAAGCCAUGAUACCGGUCGAAAUCAACGAGUAAAGUCCAAUGGUAAGAUUUUAUGAUGAGGUCGGAAAUAUCAGAGCACAUAAAAAAGAGCUCGAACUACUGAACAGGCCCAAAUAAGGGAAGUAGCGCUAAAGCAAAGGAUGACAAACAGAUAUAACAAGAAAGUCAUUCAAAGAAGCUUUGCCUUAGACGACUUGGUCCUGAUCAGGAAUGAUAUCGGUGUUAACAAGUCGGGUGAGGGAAAAUUCGCUGCUAAUUGGAAAGGGCCAUAUAAGAUAAGUAAAGUCCUCAGAAACGGGUAUUACAAGGUAUCCGAUUUGAGUGGAGCCGGGCUCCCCAUAUCAUGGCAUGCUUGCAACAUGAGGAGGUAUUAUAGCUAAAAGCGAACUCCACUCCCUAAUGUACUCUUUUUCCCAACUUCAUGGUUUUUUUUCCAAAUAGGGUUUUUCUGAAGGGGGUUUUAAUGAGGCAUCAAAGUGGGGACUAAAGGUUAAUAGUACUAAAAUCCCUUAGUAGCUAAUUUAACUUUUAUAAAAGCUACCUCCAUCAAUCAAUAAAGAUUUUACUCUAUCUCUUUAUAAUUUCGUUAUUACCAUUAUUACUCUAGGAAACGCACCGAUUUAUGCUCGAAAAAAUGUGAAAAUCCCAUGACCAACCUAGGUGGUCAGCAGGAUAAAACAACGAGGUACAAAUCGGUGUAAAGAGAUUACAAAAGACGAUCAUAAUAACUCGGGAACAAGCAACUCCCUAGUCAGAAAAUUCGACACAAAUCGAAAUACAUCGCAAAAAUAACCUAAGUUACGAAAACAAUUCGAUAAAAAAAAUUGAAUAUGUAAGAAAUACAAAAGAGAUAAGAAAAUCCCUCAAGGAUAGAAAUGAAGGCUCCCUCAAGUCUUUAAAAGAGUUUUUUGGCAGUAAUUGCUGAAACUUAAGACAAAACAGCCCACAUCACGAAAAUUUUUUACAUGAAAAAGCAAAGGAUUUUUCACAAAAAACCUUAAGAGAUAAAGCAUCAAAACGCCUACAAGCAUGCAUAAUCGAGAUAUUUUGUUAAAAGGCUCUUAUUUCAAAAGGACCAAUAAAACAAAGUAAUUUUUUGUUAAUGACCCAAGUAAAGGUCAAAAUGUCAAAGAUCACCAACAAACGCAUAAAAAAUAAUUGUUCAAAAAGGACCCACAAGCCAGGCCCUAAAUAGCUGAAAUUACUUGGAUGGAAGAUUGGAGUCAUCAAGGGGAAUGGGAGUCAGAUCUGCUAUAGGAGUCGGAAGGGUCUCUUCAAGGACAGAAGUCGGAAUCUCAGAAGAACUCGGUAGGAAUCCCUCCUGUUGCUCCUCACGAAGAGGAGACUCAACAAUGCGCUGACCACGAGUCUUCAGCUCAGAGUCUGUUUCAGGGCAAGGAGGGGAGACAAUGGCUCCAUCAAUAACGAUCUUGUCAGGAUGGAGAGGGGAAAAGGUCUAAGCUAGGAGCGAUAACUUCGACUUGUUCCUUGAACACCCUAAAAGCCUCCUCCGAUAUCUACUAUAAAAUUCUCCAAGUCCUAAUAGGCCUCCCGAUUUAGCUCCAGCUGCUUUUGUAAGUCAAUGUUCUCCGAAAAGAUCCUGGCAUAAUUUUGCUCUGCCUUCUCUUUCAUCCCUUCAGCCAAUGCACAUAGGGACAUUAGCUUUUUCUCCCUGUCCUGGAACCAAGUAACCUCCUCUUUGAACCAAGAGUUCUCCUCCUGCAGCCUCUUUUCCUCCUCCUGAUAUUGGACAAUUCUCCCCUAAAGGUCCUCUAUAAUUUUUUGAAGAGAGCUCAAGGGAGUCUUGUCCAGCAUAUCAAGAAGGGUCGUAUAGACUCCAGCCGUCCGAAUUCUCCCCCAAGCAAGGAUCUGAAGAUGGUUACGUAAGGAAGCAUCAUCCAUAGAAAUUUGACUAGACGGAAGGAUGUGCUUCCUUGAAAACUUUGAACCAUCGAAGUUAGCCUCCUCAGCAGUAGAAGAAUCAGUCUCCGAGGUCUUUUGUUUCUUUUUUUUCAGGCUCGGCAGAGUAUUGAACGGCGGGGGAGGGGAGAGGACAGGAGCAGGAGGAGGAAGAGAAGAAGUAUGAAUAGGAAUUACUAGGAUAGGGCGAGAAGAGGAGGACCCCAAACCCGAAUCUCGAGGAGGAAGAGUGCCAGAAGCUCCGAUCUUCGCAGCAAUAGCUCGGGUGCGAGCCUUUCUUUUCGCCUCUUGAACUUUUUGGUAGGCAGCAUUGGACCCGCUUUUCACCAUUUUUGAAAAAAAAUAAAAAACUAAUUUGAGGAAAGCAAGAUAUAAGUCAGAACUCGUCAAAAAUAAGCUACAAAGAAACAAAACUACCUAGCUCGGAUUGGAUAAAACUCGGAGAGCCAAGAAGAAAUUUUUUAGUAUCCAGGUUGGGAGUUCUCCUCCAGGCCUCUCGGAAAAAUCCAACAAUGGCCUCCUUCACCUCAUCCAAAUCAUCCAAGCUAUAUUUUUCAACAUGGGAGGCCUCUGACCAGUACAGAGAAAAUCGGAGCUGACUAUUCUUAGUUAAAAAAAAAAGAUGGUGGACCUCUACAGCUUGGACCUUGAAGAAAAAGUUUUUAAAGUCAUGGAAGGAUUCGUCAAAGAUGGAAAAAAACUUUUCAACAUUGAAUGGCUCGAAAAGACACCCACUACUGUUUGUUUUGUUUAUUGGAAGCACUAAAAGGCUUAGUCAAAUGGAAGAGGUAGAAAAAGAUUCUCAAAGAGAUUGGAAAAUCGAGCUCCUAGCUGACAAAUUGGUAGAUUCUCAUAAAAUUCCAAGAGUUGGGGUGAAGUUGGGUAGGAGCAAGUCGGCUAUGGGACAAAACGUCCAUUUCAAACUCAGAAAAAGGAAAAGAAACCCCCAGACGGGUGAAAAGGCAAUCAUACAUAAAGAAAAAGUGGGGGUCAGAAUCGGCAAUCCUCCCGUAAUAAACCCGGCCUUCAGAACCCGAGGCUACUAACUUGUACUUAGGCUCAUCAGCCUCUAAACUACAAAUCCUAUCAUGGGUGCGAAGUUUGGUAAUGAAGUCGGUGUCUACUAAAGGCUUCUCAAUGAGCACAGAAUCAUAUACCCAUUUCAAAAGGGUCUCAGGAAUACGGGAAGACAUUUUUUCCGAUAAAGAAGUAGAAAAGUGAUAAGACCUACAAAGAAAAAUAAAAUCAUCAAAAACAGGGCCCCCAAAGACAAGGAAGUCUCUUCCAAAACCAAACAAGAAAAAGACUCAGCAACGACAUCUAAUAAACAUGCAAAAAUUCCUAAAGCCUCGCAUUAAAAAUUAAGGGGUGGUAAAAGCAUGAAAAUCUCCAAAGCGCAUUGAACAGAAAUAAGAAAAGUACUACACAAAUAAACAGAAAAAGGGAAAGAAAAACCAACCUUUCUUGUAAUAUAAAAAAGAAGCGGUCGCGGAGAAGCAACAAAGAACCCAAGAACGAAGAAACCAAAAGGAUUUUUCGAAUGAGAAAGAGUGAGAGUGUAGGUAAGAAACAUCGAAGAGAAGACGAAAGAAAACAAAGAAAAGAAGAGGGAAAGUAUUUAUAACAUGCCAGGGACACAAUGAUAAAAUGACGCAAUCAUUAAAGAAACACGUUGUUACCAAUGUAACUGCUCCCACGUGUGCGACGUUUGAUUAGACACGACGGUUGAGAAAUUUGAAAUCACGUCGAUUUCAAACUAAAAUCACGUCGGAUUCCGACUUGAACGAACCCGAGGCUCAAAUUAAUACUCGAAUGCAACUCAUAAGCAAAUAGAUCGGACUCGAGUAGGGGCACUGUUCAUACCCUGGCCCAAACAUUAUGGUACAGGCCCAAGUAAGCAAAAAAGGCCCAACCCAAAGGUUGGCCUUCACCACUCACCCGACCUCUACAAAAGAAGUCGGGCUCUACGUAAGCCCCUCUCCAAAGAGGUUGGGCUGGAGAUGAGUUGGCAGAUAACACUUAUUCAAAUAAGUAACUGUCCCCUGAAAUUUCUCAUCCACUUGCAGAAGCAAUAUCUCAACAACCCUAAAAUAAAGGGGAUUUUAUCCACCUUCAGAAGUGGAGCUACUCCAACCGUGAUUAUUGGAUCACUACUUUAAAUACACUGACAUACUCAAGUAAAACUAAGUUUCAAUACUCUAAAAAUCUGCUUACCCCUUUGCAAACUUAGGCAUCGGAGUAUCUUUGCAGGUAUCACCUCCCAUUCUUUCAUAUACUCAACUCGGACGGCGGCUCCAAGCAUAAACCAAGUCGGAGGCCCCUUUCUAUUGAUGUUUAGGCCAGUUCCUCAAGCUCAAUCCACUCGUCUCAGUAAUUGAAAAGUUAAGCAAGAAAUAUUAGCAAUGGGUUCAAAUAGUACAGGAUGUCCGGCAGGCAUGAAAGCGACGUCGAAUGGGGUGUUUCAGGGAGACAAUCCGCUUGACUACGCACUCCCUCUUGCAAUCUUACAAAUCUGCAUGGUGGUUCUUCUCACUCGCCUCCUAGCAUUUCUUCUCAAGCCACUAAGGCAACCUCGCGUGAUUGCAGAAAUUGUGGGUGGAAUAUUGCUUGGUCCAUCAGCUCUGGGACGCAGCACUGCCUUUCUAAACGCGGUCUUUCCAUCCAAGAGCCUAACGGUUUUGGACACUUUGGCCAAUAUUGGCUUACUUUUCUUCAUGUUCUUGAUAGGACUCGAGCUCGAUACAAAGUCCCUCCUUAACAAAACAGGAAAGAAAGCUCUUGCCAUUGCCCUUGCAGGGAUUACAUUCCCCUUCCUCUUGGGAAUUGGGACAUCUUUCGCACUUCGAACAACAAUCUCGCAGGGAGUCGAUAAAGCACCUUUCUUUGUGUUCAUGGGAGUCGCACUCUCCAUCACCGCCUUCCCCGUUCUGGCACGCAUCUUAGCUGAGUUGAGGCUGCUUACCACUGAGGUUGGACGGAUGGCCAUGUCAGCAGCGGCUGUUAAUGACGUGGCAGCGUGGAUUCUUCUCGCCCUUGCGAUUGCGCUCUCUGGAUCUAACUCUUCUCCACUUGUCUCCGUUUGGGUCCUCUUGUCCGGAUGCGGCUUUGUAAUCUGUUGCGCACUUGUUCUUCCUCCCAUUUUUAGAUGGAUGUCUCGGCGCUGCUCUGAAGGCGAAGCCGUCAACGAGUUCUACGUCUGUGCCACUUUGGCAAUGGUCUUGGCAGCUGGUUUUGUCACUGACACCAUUGGAAUCCAUGCUCUAUUUGGGGCUUUUGUCGUUGGAGUUGUUCUUCCCAAGGAAGGCCUUUUUGCGGCUGCUCUUGUUGAGAAGGUUGAGGAUCUUGUCUCUGGUCUCUUCCUUCCAUUGUACUUUGUGUCCAGCGGACUCAAGACAAAUGUAGCCACCAUUCGUGGCCUUAAGUCCUGGGGGCUCCUUCUUUUGGUUAUAUUCAAUGCUUGCUUCGGUAAGAUUGUUGGUACCAUUGUUGUCUCCUCCUUUUGUAGGGUACCUUUUCAAGAAUCAUUGGCUCUCGGCUUUCUCAUGAAUACUAAGGGCUUGGUGGAGCUCAUCGUGCUCAACAUUGGUAAAGAUAGGAAGGUAUUAAAUGACCAAACAUUUGCAAUUAUGGUGCUGAUGGCUAUCUUCACAACAUUCAUCACGACGCCUUUGGUAAUGGCAGUUUAUAAGCCGGCCAAGAGAAUGGCAAAAGCUGACUACAAAUACAGAACAGUUAAGAGGAAAAACGCGGACACUCAACUGCGACUCAUGGUGUGUUUCCACAGCACAAGGAACAUCCCUUCAAUGCUAAAUCUGAUUGAAGCCUCGCGCGGCACUGAAAAAAGGGAAGGCCUUUGCAUAUAUGCAUUGCAUCUCAUGGAGCUCACUGAGAGGCCUUCUGCUAUAUUGAUGGUCCACAAAACCAGAAAGAAUGGCCUACCCUUUUGGAACAAAGGCUGCCAUAACAACAGCCAUUCUGAUGCGAAUCAAAUAGUGAUUGCAUUUGAGGCUUUGGAGCAGCUAAGCAGAGUGUCGAUUCGCCCCAUGACUGCAAUCUCAUCCAUCCCCAACAUUCACGAUGACAUAUGCGCUUGUGCUGAGAGCAAGAGGGUUGCAAUGGUAAUUCUGCCAUUUCACAAGCACCAAAGGGUUGAUGGAACAUGGGAAACAACAAGAAGUGAAUUCAGGUGGGUGAAUAAGAGAGUUCUCGAGCAUGCACCCUGUUCUGUAGGGAUUUUGGUGGACCGGGGGCUUGGUGGGACCACCCACGUGGCAGCAAGUAAUGUUUCAUCUUCGAUGACGAUGCUAUUCUUUGGAGGCAACGAUGAUCAAGAGGCGCUUACUUAUGCUUUGAGAAUGGCAGAGCAUCCUGGUAUCAACCUCACCAUAGUGCACAUGAUAGUAAGGUCCGAGGAUGUUGGAGCCAUUGUCAGUGUCGUAGAUAUAAACGACAACGCAUCAUCGUCAUCAUCAUCAACGGACGAGAUGCUGCUUUCUGAGGUCAAAGCAAAGAAGAGCUCAUCCGUAAAGUUUGAAGAGAGAGUUGCGAAAAGCCUCGGUGAGAUAAUUGAGGUGGUUGGAGAGUACAGCAGAGGAUGCAACUUGUUUGUGGUUGGUAGGGUGCCCAAAGGACACGUGGCGGUGACUUUGAACAAUGUGAAAUGCGAGUGUCCAGAAUUGGGGCCACUCUGCAACUUAUUGACCUCUCCAGAACUGGUCUCAACUUCAGCCUCGGUUUUGGUCGUUCAACACUAUCAUGCUCUAUGAAAAUUAUGCUCUAGUGGAUAAAAAAUUUUCUUUUCUUUCAUUUUAGACUUAAUUAAUCCUGUAAGUAGGGAUCAUCAUCCCAUAAUUAGUAAUAUUAUACUUAAUGUUAUGCGAA